AUGAAUUCUUUCCAGCUACUCAAGGGCCCAUCUUUCUCAUAUAGUAUAGAGGGAGACAUACCGACAUUGACGUAUCGCCCGCCCAAUCACCACGCAGGCACCACUACGACUGACACUACAACUAACAAUGACACUGACACUGACACGGCUUCACCCACAGAGCAGCACCAGUCGCAUACAUUCACAUCACCAAAGCAGUACGAACAAAACACAUUUAUAGACUGGAGUCGAGAAAAGCUCUUGAUUCCACACUUGAACUCAUUUGGGAAGUCGAUAUCUUCCUACUUGAACAUUUCAGAAAAAUGGAUCACGGUGCUUGUCCUGGCGAUCAUUUUGGGCUACGUGGCCGCUGCGAUUGACUUGGUCUCGGUGUCGCUAAAUGAUUUGAAAAAGGGGAUAUGUUUCACUAGCAAAGCUGCAGAAUGGAGCAUAUUGAACCCCUACCUGACCUGUUCUGGUGACGAUUGGUAUAGUUGGCUGCGGCUAUUUUUUGAUUCCACGGCGGUUUGGAGCAACGUUGUGAUAAAUUUGCCGAUAUAUUUGGGAUUCGCAUUGGGGUUUGUCGCCUUGGCAUCCUACUUGACCCUCAACCGUGAACACUUGAUUCGGCAGUCUGGUAUCCCCGAGAUCAAGUUGAUCAUCUCGGGCUUCAACAUGAACUUGACGGAGUAUUUAGGCACAAGGACGUUGCUUUACAAGAUAUUUGGCUUGAUCUUUGUUGUUAGCUCCGGGUUGUGGUUGGGCAAAGAGGGUCCGCUUGUGCAUGUAUCGUGUUGCGUAUUCAACAUCAUCUACGGCGUGAUUCUGAAUUUCAGAACCAGGGGGUUCAAGAGCAGGGCCAAUGAAGCGAUCAGGCGAGAGAUUCUUAGCGCUGCUACUGCCAGUGGCAUAUCGGUUGCAUUCAAUGCUCCCAUUGGCGGUGUUUUGUUUGUGUUGGAAAGCAUGCCGAGUUAUUUUUACCCAACAAAGACCAUGUGGAUCUCGUUUGUUUCUGCUACGAUUGCCAUAAUUGGCAUGACUGGGUUCAACGCAUUCACCGAUGGCACUAGCAAUUUCUUGGAACAGGAUCUUUUCGAAGUUAUCUUUGGUAACUUUAGUUGGUUGUUUAUGGAGAUUAUCCCCUUUUGUGCCCUUGGUUUCGUUGGUGGCAUUUACGGCUAUGCGUUUAUCAAAUUGAACCAGAAGUUUCAACUGAAAUCUUACCGCAAAAAUAUUCAAUCCAAAUUGGCCUCGCAAUUAAGGAUGGAUGAAAAAUUCGGACCUUAUUUGGAAACUUUUGCUAUUGUGCUAGUCACUUCACUUUUGAACUUCCCGUUGGAAAUCGCCAAGUUGCCCUUGGGGGCAUAUUUGAAAUUGCUUUUCAAAGAGUGUCCCAAAAUCGUUGAAGAUCAACCAAAUGCAACCAAUUUCUUGUGUCAACCUUCUAAUGGCAUCACCGUGCUCAAGCUAUUUUACAUCCUCGUCCUGGGUUUCUUUCUUACAUCGUACACCUUUGGCAUUGAUCUCCCCGGUGGGAUCUUGAUGCCGACGCUAGUGUUGGGGGCCACGACCGGUAGGCUUUUUGGAAUCUUGAGCCAGAUUCUUCAGUCCAAGUUCAACUGGGACUCGUUGGCUACUUGCACCGAGAAAUCGUGCGUCAUUUCACCUUCAUCGUACGCGGUGAUUGGAGCAGCGUCGUUCAUGACCGGUAUCACCAAGCUCACAAUGGCUGUUGUGGUGAUUAUGUUUGAAGUCACUGGCGCUGUUUCGUAUGUCCUACCAAUUAUGUGUGGAGUCAUGACUGCUAAAUUUGUCAAUGACUGGUUGUGCCCUUCAAACAUCUACGAUGCGUGGUUGCAGAACAACUACAACCAGCCGGGGGACCCUGAAUUUCGCGGCAAGGUCAAUGAAGGGAAAGGCACUGGCUUGGUUUCGUUUUCCAACUUGACCACCACUAUAAAAUCGAAAUUACCUGACGUAACGGUGAAAUCAUUAAUGGUUCCCUUUGAGCAGAUGAAGUGUUUGUGUUUAAUUAGUGAAGAUGAGCCUUACACAAUGAGCUCGCUAUCCAAUUUCAUCAAUGACGAUGCCCAUGAAGGAUACCCCAUGAUUGUCGACUACACCAACCCGAUCUACAUUGGAUACGUUUACAAAUCAGAGAUUGCCACGAGACUCGCCGGCUUAGAUAAAGACGAUGCGCAUCAGCCAAUCUCGAUUCAAGUCGACAACUUGCCCAAAAGCGCAUUAUCCAUACAAUUGCAUUACGAGCGCAAGCUCGAGAGCUUUAUAGAAUUUCACGUGAGCGUCGAGCCAUCGUUGCUUUACACCAACGACUUAUCACCAGCUAUAUUGAUACUCGAAGAGUUUGAGAAACUACACUUGAACCAUUUGGUUAUUUUCAACCAUAACAAUAUCCAUAACAAAUACAUGGCCGGCUUUAUUGACAGAUUUAUCCUUGCGUCAACUGUAAAUGACAAAUUUGGCAACUUGGUAAGCGAGUUGAAUGACUUUGAGGCUAUCAACGAAUACGAUUUGGAAACGGCAAAUCUAGUGAGGCAUGAUAACGGCGGCAGAACCGGCGGCGACGACUUUGACGAAAUGAUGGUUCUUCGUCUUAAUAGAAAGAGUAUAGAGUUGAUAACAUGA